UCCGCCUACUCCCUGUGCUUCGUUGUAGUCUCUCAGCUGGUCCUCUGCGUGCUCGGUGAGGAGCGUCGCGGUGCCAUGGUUGUAGAGGUGCGCUCCAGUGUGAAAUAUGGCACUGUUCUGUCCUUCACCGUCCUGCUGCUCGCCUACUGGUUCCGCUCCCCUCAGUCUGUGCUGGACGAGAGGCUGGGAGCCGUGUUGUCCUCUUUACUCCGCGCUGAGCGCAAAGUGGGGAUGAGUAACAUCGCCAGACCCCGAGUGGCCAUAGGGUUCGGGGGCUGUGUGGACAUUAUAGUGGACGGUGUGACAUUACUGAACAAGAUUGGACUGCGGCCGACUGAUCAGCCUCUGCACCAUGACUACAUCGAGAAUGUGGAACAGCUUGCUCAGAGUUUUGCCUACUUUUUCGCUCCGGGAGCAGCUUCAGAGAGGUUGGUGGUAAACGAUACACUCUUCAGUCAGCUGGUGGAGGCCUCUCGUGAGUUGCCAGGAAACCGCUGGUCUAUUGGGGGUAAUGCACCGAUGAUGGCAGGCAGGAUGGCCAGCGAGGGCUGUGACGUGCUACUUGGGGGCAGCUUCAGCCCUGACUUUAUUGACUACCUCUCUGAACAUAUCACAGUGGCAGGUAACACAGUGGAGGAGCCAGAUAUUCACCUGAUCCUGGAGUAUCCCUCUGGGGCAACAUGGGGGCCGUACACCUCCCGAAGGGCCAACCGGUACAUUGUCCACAGUGAUGACCACAACCCAUACUUGGACUCGAUGGAGGCGUUUGAGAAGAAGCUGCAGAGUUUUAAUCCUGACCUGCUGGUGGUGGGGGGCCUUCAGAUGAUGGACAACUUCCCUUUCAAGCAAGGAGAGCGUGAGGCUCUAAUGAGUCACCUGGCGAAGCUGCUGUCUUCAGCCUCACCUCAGACUAAUGUGCAUUUUGAAAUGGCCAGUUUUGUUGAUGAAGCUCUGAUGUCUGACCUACUAGAACUCGUGCUGCCUCAUUCUGACUCUCUGGGCAUGAACGAGCAGGAACUGCCCAACCUUCUAAGCCUUUUGCGUGGCAGCACUGUGACCGUGCUGUCUGACCCGAACCCCCGUGUAGCCACCGUGUUGGACCAGAUGCGCGAGCUUUACCGCAUUGUCAACCUCAGGCACAGACAGACCGGCCGAGGUCGACCCCUCACCAGACUACACGUGCACACGCUGGCUUUCCAGGCGAUGAUCGUCACGCGGGACUCUCAGUGGAAGAACACCAUGUCAGCCACAGCCAAGGCCUCACUCACCGCUAACCGCCAUGUCUGUGGCUCAGCUGACAUUGACCCCAGCAAGGCACGUCUCAUCUUGGAUGAGUCGUUCUCUGUAAGCAGGAGAGAAGGCAGCCAGAGAAUUCCCCUCCAGGAAACUCGGCCCGUCUCCUGCUGGACCGAGGACGAAUACGAGAUCUGUGUGGCUCCUGUGCUUGUGUGCACUGAGGUUUAUCAGACAGCUGGGGGAGGAGACAACAUCUCUGCUGCCGGCCUCGUGCUGCAGAUCUAACAUAGGAGAAGCGAAGUGAACUCAGAAUCGCUAACCUCAUCGCUCAAACAUCCCACAUAUAUGAAGAUUUUUAUUUUAAGCUGUAGUCUUACAAAUCAAGUGCAACAUCAAUAAAUUAUACAGUUUCUUUGGACUUUUUUUCUUUCUUUUUUUUUUUUUUUGGUGACUUCCCUAUGCUAUGAGUUUUAAUUCUAUACUAUAGCAUUUGCAGGUGUCUGAGAGCCAGUUGUUUAUAUACUAUUCACCAAAAUGCUGGAAAUUUUAUUAUGGAUUGGUUUAAAACCCAUAUCUAUAGUCUGACCAAGAGUUACACAUCUGAAAUGAUUGUUCUUUCUUAUUUUUAGUUGUCUAUUAAUGCAGACAUUUAUUCUUAAGUGGAUUAUUCACAACACUCCGAUAACCAAUGUUUGCAUUGUGAUGUACACUAUUUUACCACUUGCAAGUCAAAGCUCUUGUCUGACUCUAUUUUUUCCUUUCAUAAUUUUUUGCCUUUUUAAAUUUCAUUAACAAAUUCUUUUAUGCCUAAGUUAAUUGAACAUGGAACAUGAGUUAUAGCCAGACCUUUUCUGCCCCCCCCCCUUUUUAACUCUUGCAAAGUCUAGUGCAAAGCCACUCAUGUGACAGAAACAUUUACGUCAUCUAAAAAUCAAUCUUGAAAAAUGUUUACGAAGGAGGUUAUAGUGUUGAGGUUUCGUGAUCAACACAAAUUACAUAUGAGGAACACCAAAAACUCCUAGGUAUUAAUUUCAUAGGUUUGGUUAUUUUAAUGAAUUAUAAAUUAAGCUUAUCAUGUCAGGGUUUCAUGGGUUUUCAUCCUUUUUUUAAUCUUUGAACCAAUUAUUUGCUCAACUCUUGUGCCUAUGGAAAAAUUUGUUACUACUUGAUCUCUAUGAAAUCUCUUGACUGCUGCCCGGAUUAAUGCAUGCAGGAGGGUGCUUGUUUUCUUGACACCCUCCUGUAUGAGACACAUCUGAGUAGUGUUGGCGAUGUUCCAUCUUGUGAACACUAUCGGAACUGUUUUCAGACACUUAGCUACUGAUAGCACAGCGUGACUCAGGGAUUAGCUGAGCCUUGUUUUUAACAUGGAAGUGACUGAACUGAGCAGAGCAGCAGAGUUGAUGUUUCUUCUAGCCUUAAUAUGAUUGAGAGUUGAACUGACCACAUGCUCAGAUGUAGGAAUAUUUUGUAUCGCAUGAAGUAAAAAAAAAAAAAAAAAAAAAAAUGGGAUUCACUGCAAUGGAAAUUCACUUUUGUGUUGGGAGUUGUAUGUAUAAUUCUAUACAUAUUUAGAUGGUUGUGAGUAAAAAAAUGCACACUCAGUGAUUGAGGGGUUGUGGAUAAAAUGUAGCAUAGAACCAUACUUGAGUGCAAGUAAACAUAUCUGUUAUCUGUCUGGUGUGGCAGCGCAUAUGCUGCUCUUUUUACCUGUUCUGUUUUUAUGUCUCUGUACCAGGUUUGAUGACUAAAUCUUGCUGGGUUACAUGUGUUUCUAAAUUGCCCCUUUUUAUUCUUAUGUAAUAAAACUUGCAUUCCAAUUUCUGA